GACCCAACCCACGCAAAAAGCACUCAACUCGUCGCGUCGCCUUUCCCCCGUCGGCUGGUUUCGUUUCUCUCUCUCCCCUCAAUCCCGACUCGAAUCUGCGAGACGUGGAGGCGGUGGAGCGACGAAUCGCCGCACCGGAGGAGGCCUCUGGAAGGUUCCGCGGGGAGGGAUGGAAGCGGCGAGCAACGGGGGCCUGCUGUACCACGAGGUGCAGGAGGGGAAGCUGUGCGCCGUGCACUGCGUCAACACCGCCCUGCAGGGGCCCUUCUUCUCCGAGUUCGACCUCGCCGCGCUCGCCGCCGACCUCGACCAGCGGGAGCGCCAGGUCAUGCUCGAGGGUGGCGCGGCCACCGCCGCCGCUGGGGACUUCCUCGCGGAGGGCGAGGGAUCCCACAACGUCUCCCUCGGCGGAGAUUUCAGCAUCCAGGUUUUGCAAAAGGCACUGGAGGUUUGGGACCUCCAGGUUAUUCCCCUUGACUCCCCAGCUGCAGGUUCAUCCCUAUUUGACCCUGAGCUGGAAGCUGCUUUCAUCUGCCAUCUGCAGGACCACUGGUUCUGCAUCAGGAAGGUGAAUGGGGAGUGGUACAACUUUAACAGCCUCUACCCUGCUCCCGAGCACUUGUCGAAGUUUUACCUUUCAGCUUUCAUCGACACCCUGAAGGGGUCGGGCUGGAGUAUCUUUGCAGUUAGAGGUAAUUUCCCGAAGGAGUGCCCUAUGGCAACGGAAGGCUCUAAUGGUUUUGGGCAGUGGCUUACUCCUGAUGAUGCCCGGAAGAUAACAGCCUCAUGUAACCAGGUGGAAACACCUAUUCAGCAGGCAAAUACCUCUCGACUUGGUGAUCAAUCAGAAGGCAUUAGUGAAAUGGACAUGAUUGCAGCGCAGCAGGAAGAGGCGGAUCUGAAUGCUGCGAUAGCUGCUAGCUUGAUGGAGACCGGGGGUCUGUUUGCCAGCUAUGAUGCACAUCAAGAAGAUAGCAAGUCACAGGAUGCUCCUGUAGAAGUAGCCUCGGGCACAAUGAGCGAAGAUAGUGACCAGGAAGAAGCUGAUAAGUUGGAACCAAGCGAGCCUCCCAGUGAGAACACCCAGGAGUCUGCUUCAGGAAGUAACACAAGGGGGGUUGCUUCUUUAAAGAGAAAAGAACCAGCGGAAGAAGAUUAGGAUGGCAUUCCCAAGGCUGUACAUGCAUUAGACUAUACAAACAGAAACAAGAAAGGAGGGAGCGUUUGAAGGGCCUCCAUUUCACUGGAGGAGCAAUGCUUUUCUGAUUUCUGAAUGCCGUAUACAAAUUGCAUAGUCUGAACUGCAUGGCUUAAAAAACUUAUUUAACUUGUGUAACCGUGAUGUGCAAACUGCAUAGAGACUAUAAAAUGGCGGUUUUGACCC